CAGGGGGCGACACUAAACCUGUUUAUGUAGCCAGAGCUCAUAACUCAUGCUAGAAUAAAACGUACGUGUCUUUAUGUCGCUGGAGUCUUUUUCAGCAUUGAGGAACGACAGAAAGCCGUGAGAUGUUUGAGUCUGAAGAUUCUGACGUCGAGGACGGGCAGGAUUUGGUCCAACCCAAGACUAAAAAUGACAAAUUUCCAUUCAUCCACGUGGAGCCACCUGACAAUUUGUAUAAGCGGUGGGGCAAAAUAAAGCUCGAGCAGAGAAGAGAGGCAGGACACUUGCUACAUAUCUCAGUGUUCUGGUGGCACAUACUGUACAAACAACAGGACAAUCACAUGACUACAGCCUGGGCUGUGAACGUGGGCUUCUUAGAUGCCAAUGUUUCAAACGAAAUGAGUGUGAAAAGGCUGCAAAGAAUUGAAAUCCUGGAGCUCAUUCUUGACACAGUGGAAAAAUGUCUGGCAGACAAUGAUCCUGAGAGAAAAGCAAGAGAGCUGGUAAUGAUUAGCAUGUGUCUUAAAAUGGAGGAUGAAGGUCUUAUAAAGGCUGUCAACUGGUUAAAUGAAUCUCGCACUCCAGGUCUAAGCAGGAGGAUCCUUCAACUUGGACCAAAGCAAAUACGCCACCAAGUUCUAGAUUUUGUUUUUUUUGAGUAUUCUCAGUACAUAAAGGUCAUGUCAUGGGACAAAAAUCAGGCGUUUAGGGAGCUGUCAUUAAAUCCAGAGCCUUGGUGUUUACAGAAAAGUGAAGAAAUGAAGAACAAAGGGAACGAACAGUUUCAAAAGAAAAACUACGAACUUGCAGUGAAAUGGUACACAAAGGCCAUUAGAUAUCAUACCAACAAUCACUUCUUGUAUGGGAACAGAGCACUCUGCUAUCUUCGUUGUGAAAAAUACCUAAAAGCAAUGGGUGAUGGUAAACGAGCUGUUCUACUUCAACGAGACUGGGCAAAGGGCCACUAUCGUUUCUGUGAUGCCUUAUUCUACCUUGGAGCUAGAGAAAAAGCAUUAGAAGCCAACCUCACAGCUCAGAGUUAUUGCAGUGCUGAUCCGGAGGGAAUGAGAGACCUCCAGCAGCAAUGCAGUCGCUUCAUGACUGAGAUUUCUGAGGGCAGCAGUAAAGCCAGAGCCGCAGUUUGUUCAGAAGCUGAAGGAAAACAGAAGAAAACCGAAGCUAAGAAAGGAUCCAGUAAAAGACCUGAAGAAGCAUGUGGAGUUGUGUGGAGUCCCAUGGCCCAACAUGUUCAUCCAGAUAAAGACCCAGAGGCAGCUCAUAACUCUGAGAAUAAGCAGAAAGCAGAAGACUCAAAGCAGGAGGAAACAUCAGCAACUUUAGAACCCGUGACUGAGCAUCAAGGUGAGGACAAAUCGACCGAGGCUAAAAGCGAAAUGGGGGACCGAAAGGCAAAGAAAUCAGCAUCAGGCAUUCAGGAGAAGCACUCUGUUAAGAAUAAACAGCCACCAACGCAGCCCCAGAGCAGCAGCAGCAGUGAAGUGUACAGUAAAGAGCAGUUUUGCGCUGCAGUACGCGAUGCGCAUGUGGCUCUCAGUGACCAGCGCUGUCGUAACGCAGAGCAGUGUUUCUCUGAGGCACUCAGGAUUCUGGACUCCAUUGGGAUCAAGGAUCUUGGCAUAUCUGAAAUGGAUAGAACUUUGUUGAUUUAUGGUUAUGCUACAGCUCUGAUAGAAAUUGGGCAACCCGAGGAAUUGGCAGAAGCUCAGCGUCAGUUUGAAAAACUAAGCUCUACAGCAAACAGAACAUUCCAGUCUUUGGUUCAUACUGGUUUAGGAAAGGUGUUGCUGAAGGAGAAUAAAUUUAGCAAAGCCAAAGAUGAAUUUUUCAAUGCUCUGUUGAUGGUUCAGAGGCAGAUCAUGCCAGGAAAACUGACAUGGCCAACCACUAAAGUAAUUGUUGAAGAGACCUGUCCUGAAUAUUUAAAAGAGCUGCUUGAGAGUUUCAUAAAGAUCUGCAAGUUUCCUCCUAAGCCGGAUGCAGUUUGCCGACAUUGCUUGGGACAAGCCCUUAUAUAUUUCACUGACCCAGACUUUAAGGGCUUCAUUCGGUUGUCAUGCUCUCAGAGCUGCAAGGUGGAGUAUCAUAUCAGUUGCUGGAAAAAGUUCAAAGCUGCUUCAUUUUCAGACAAGAACGACAAGGAUUUCCUGCAGGAUUUGUGUUUUACUCCUGACUGUACUGGUAAAAUCUGCCGAAUUGUAAUAUAUGACUCAACUGGUCUUAUUAAGUGUGAGUUUAAAUCGUCUGUUUCUAAAAGCAAAAUUCCUGGGAUGAGAGUCAAACAGAAAUGUACAAGUCUUAAGAAGUUGAAAGCUAAAGAGGAAAGAAAGCUGUGGCGGAAACAAAAAAGAGCGGCUUUGUCCAUAACCAAGAAUGAGAUGAACAAUUUAGAAAUAGAAGAUGAAACUGAAAAAGGAGCAGAAGCCAUUAAUCAAUCGUCUUUCAAGGAUUGUGUUGUAUAUGGAGAUCGUGUUUUACACCAAAUUGAUAAAAACAAAGAUCUUUUCAACGAUGAGAUUCACAAUAUUUCUGGUAUGCUGCUGUGUCUGAGACCAUGGAUGAAGUUGGAUGAGGAUAAAGGACAUGCAAGCAUAUUGAAGGACCAUGCAGAACCCAAGGUUCUCAGGGACCUAGUGGAUCUGCUGCUGGAGAGAAAGAACAGGGUUUGGGCCAGACUCUUUCUUCAUAACCUCAGUGGCUACCAACACGUUAAGCCUGAAGUUCAUGAAUGGGCUCAGCAACUUGACAAUGCUGGUCUGAAAGCUGCUGAGAACUUUAUUGGUCAAUUUUCCGAUGAUCUGGAGAACUUGGAUCUUUCUUCCAUGUUGGAUUUUCCACCACUACAUGAAGUAUUUCUUGACUCAGGCUUCCCUGUAAUAGAUUACCUGAGACAAGCCCCACCACAGGAAAUGCGCCUCUUUAUUUGGACUCUAGAAGAACACCGAGAACACAACCCCUCUUGGUUCAGUAUCCUUGAUGACUUUUUUGAAAUGGAUUCGAUAUGUUUAGUGUUAAAGAAGACAGAAAAAGAUGACCACUUAACUUCUGUUUAUAAGAAUAAAAGCAAAAAUCGAAAAAAGAGGCAAAAAGAACCAAAGUCUGUCUUACUUCUACCGGGGAUUAGAAGAGAGGAAGAGGACAAUUUCUUCGUUGAGGAAGAUUCGCUGAGGCUGCUUCAUGGUGGUGAUCCCUUUAGUGUUCCAGAUUAUUUGAGAGAGCAGCUUGCAGAGUUUGAGGGGCAGUAUGCCAAUCCAGGAUACUCUAAUCACUAUAAGAGAUUUUUGGACAACAACCCAGAUCCAACUAAAGAGUGUUUAUACGAUUACUUUGCACAGAUUCUGGAGGAGCAUGGUCCUCUUGAGGUCUCAGACCCACUGCUUGUGGGUGAGAUGAAGAACUUUCCUCUUGAAGCACUGCAAAAGAUUGAAGCUGCUGGAGGACUUAAACCUUUCCUGCACGAAUCUCUCAGAUUUGUAAUGCGUGAUGAUGUCAUUGCACUUGCGUCACACGCUGUGUACUUUCAGGACACUAUAGAUGACGAUGCCUACCUGUUGGACAAUUUUCACACUCCUACUUGCAGCAUGGACGAUUUAGAGUCAAAAGGCUCCUCCCUUCUUAACCCUUCAGCCAAAGAAUUUCUGCCCCAGAAUAAACAUUUGGCUCUGAAUGAUGACAGUGAAUCUUAUGACCAUGCUAGUUGUCUUGUUCUCCCCAGUCCAUAUGAUUUAAUACCUCAGAGUUCUGAGGAUGUAAGUUAUGCAUCUGGGAUUCAAGAUAUACCUGGAAAUGUAAAACCUGAUCUACAAGCAGUAGCGUAUCAUGAUUACUUCCCCAUUGACCAACUGAAUGCAUUUAACACUGAGGUUUUCAGCUCUGAUGAUAAUAAUUAUAUACAUUUUAAAGAGGACACGUGUCCUAAAAGUAAGACUGUUUUUGUUCAGACGCUCUGGGGUGACAAAGAUACAAGAGAUGAUGUGGCCAUUAAUACAGAACCAUAUGCAGAGUUUGAAAAAAACAGAGGAGAUAUGAUGGAAACAGAAAAAAACAACUUAAAAUUGGAAAAUCGCAUCCAAGAUAUGAGGGAAAUGCUUAAUAUUUUUCAAAACAAUAAAACGUCAUGUUCUGCACUUGACACUGAAGUGAGCAACAUUAAUCAACAUAUAGAGAUUUCCAACAAAGAAUUGACUUACUUCCAACAAAAUCUUGAGGAUGAGGUACGGAAAACUCAGCAAGAGAAGAAAGCCCACCAAGAGAUGCUGAAGGUUUUGAAGGGUGAAAUCAAGGAGCUGGUGGAUUUCCAAGAGAGUGUUUCCAAGCAAAUUCAAGAUAAGAACCUGGAAUAUCAGAAAGAACUGGAUCAUUUCUUUGCAAAAAGUAACCAUUGGGCAAACGAGAAGAUGAAUUUGGAGGAAACAGUAAAGAAGUGUAGAGAUCUGUGUGCGAAAUCAACCAGUCGAUCAGUGGCAGGACGGGUGUCCUUCCUGAAAAAUAGGCGAGAGCAUGGGCUGCGUGGCUUGAGGAAGUUCUUGACAGAUGGGAAGGCAAUUCUAAAACACCUGAAUGAGAGAUCCCCCAUGCAUCUAACUGCAGGCUUCAGUUCCAUCAUUGAGGACUGGAAGUCAUGCAUCCAGGACGUUGAGGAGAAUAUCAAAAGAACCGAGAUGCAGUAUGAAGAGCAGAUAGAGCGUGUGAAAAAGGGCACCAGCCUGUCCUCUCUCCCUGCAGUUGGCAUACCAUGCACCCCUGCUCCACCUGCUGUACCGACCUUUCUUCAUCCUUUAUCCAAUAAGCAGCCAGCUUUGCCACAGCUUCCUGUGCAGCACACACACCCACACACCUCAUAUGGAUUUCAGCACAUGGCAGUAAACACUCACCAUGCCAUGCACACACCUACAGCAGCCAGCGAGAAGGUUUCUGCUCCGGCGCCACCUGCAACCUCGGCUCCGGUUCAGCCUCCACAGCCUCUCGCUGUAUUUGAGAGGAUCGUAGAUCGUCUCAGCUCCAUGUUCCCUCACUAUAGCAGAUCAGUCCUGACACAAUUUAUUCAGGAGGUCCGCUCUAUGAAUGGUGGCAGUCUGAGCAUGCUGAAGUAUGAAGAACUGAUUAACAGAGCUGCGCAACUCAUCCUUGAUCAUCAGGAAAACUCACAAAUGAACUUGAUGAGUAGGGAAGUGGCUGGAGUGAGACACACACCAGUACCCAGUCCAACGCCUCCUCCAUUCGAGUCCUCCAAAGCUACUGCACCUGCUUCACCCGUACAUGUGUGGAAGAGCGUGUCCUCUCAACAUCGCAAGUCGUCUAGAGCUGAAAGGCUGAACAUGGAGGACCCUUGUAUUAUUUGUCAUGAGGAUAUGAUGCCUGAGGACCUGUGUGUGCUGGAGUGUCGCCACAGCUUCCACAGAGAGUGCAUAAAGUCCUGGCUGAAAGAGCAGAGUACUUGUCCUACCUGCCGAGAGCACGCGCUUUUACCUGAGGAUUUCCCCAUGUUACCAGGACGACAUCGACGGGGUCACUUACAUGCGGCAACCUUCACUUAAACCAUCUGUAUAUGUUAAUCUUUACAAUUGUUAUAUAACGUAUUAUUCUAAAAUGUAUAACAUAUAGAAUUUAAUAUUAAAAAAGAUUUUAUAUAGCAUACAAAAUGUGCUAUAUAUGAUGUAACCAGAAUAAAAAUUAUUGAAUCUCGAUUGUACGUUACAGGGCGACUGGGGCAAAUAUUUAACCAUUUACUCACCCCAUUUCUGGAAGGCAGGGAGGUGUGGUGUGUUUUUUAUUUUUAUUUUUUAGCGACUUGUGAACUUUGAACAGAUUAAACAGUUCAGUUUUGAUUGGUGCCAGUUAUGAUUUGGCUGGUCUUAAAACCUGUGAAACUCUUAAUCCUCAAUUAUUAAGGACCAAACAGUAUUGUUUUAAUGACUGUUUUAAAUUUUCUCUUUUUUUCCCCUUUGAUUGUUUGCACUAUUGAUCAGUUGAAUUUGUUUCUUUAACUUUAGAACUCCUUAAACAAGAAAAUAAAAAAGGAAACGUUUCUUUUCUAUUCGUGGUUGAUUGUUCUGUUGCCUUUUAGACAUUUUAGAUUCUGACAAAAUGUAGGAUUUGUGUGCAUUAAUGUUUUCUUUACAUUAAUGCUUUAGAACACAGGCUACUAAGUGAUUUUAUGUUAUGGCUUUGUAAGCUAGGAAAUUUUAUAUUAAACAUAUUGAAAUCUCCAAA